CCGCCCCGCCCCGGCCGGGCCCUCCGGAGCGCGAGCCGCGAGGCGCGGGCGUCCCCGCAGCCAGCGAGCAGGAGGAGGAGCCGCCGCCGCGCCAGGGGCAGCCGCGGGAGCCGAGGAGGGCGCCCCAGGUGGCUGCCCCCUCCCUCUCCUGAGAUGUCAGGAAGGAGGGGGCCACCUGUGUCCCCCACAGGGGCCCCCCGGAGCCUGGGGGCCCCCAGCCCCGGAGCUCGGAGGCGGAGGAGGUGCUGACAGGUGCUCAGCGAGAUGCGCCCCCACCCCUCAUGCUCCGUCCCCAUCCUCUUACUUUUCCUCCUCCCCAGUGUCCCCAUGGAGCCCCAUCCCCCACCCUCGCCACUGCCCCCAUUUCCAGCCCCUGAGUGGGACCUCCUGUCCCCUCGUGUAGCCCUGUCCAGGGGCGCUCCCGCGGGCCCCCCUCUGCUCUUCCUGCUGGAGGCCAGGGCCUUUGGGGAGCCAGCGGGCAGCCCAGCCAACCGCAGUCGGCGGGGGGUGAGCGAGACAGCCCCAGCGAGUCGCCGGGGAGAGCUGGCCGUGUGCGACGCAGUCAGCGGCUGGGUGACAGACCGCCGGACGGCCGUGGACCUGCGGGGGCGCGAGGUGGAGGUGCUGGGCGAGGUGCCUGCGGCUGGUGGCAGUCCCCUUCGCCAGUACUUCUUCGAGACCCGCUGCAAGGCUGACAGCGCUGGGGAAGGUGGCCCUGGUGGAGGUGGAGGGGGCUGCCGGGGUGUGGACCGGAGGCACUGGGUGUCUGAGUGUAAGGCCAAGCAGUCCUACGUGCGGGCGUUGACCACUGAUGCCCAGGGCCGUGUGGGCUGGCGAUGGAUUCGAAUUGACACUGCCUGCGUCUGCACUCUCCUCAGCCGGACUGGCAGGGCCUAGGCCCAUGCCCUGGAACUAGGCAGGCAGAGGAGGAAGAGAACUGGAUCCUGAGGGACCGCAGGAGGCACCUGGCUGCUCUGGGCCUCAGUUUGGGAACAUAUCAAAUGGUCACAAAAUCACAGCUCUCUGAUUUUGAGAGCUCAAUCUGGGCAAGACAGGUGAUGAAACCAAAUGGGGUUUUGAAGGAUGAAUAGGAGUUCUCUUGGAUGAACUUGAGGGUAAUGAUGAUGAUAAUAAUAGCCAAUAUUUUCUGAGUGCCUACUGUUUAUCAGCUCUAAUACACAACUUGUCAGAUCAA